UAUGUGGUUCCUUGUUGUGACUGAGGUUCAGCCGGUGUGUUUGACAGCCUGAGUGGUCUCGUGCACGGCGAUAGGUUCACAGAAUGAAACAAUUAAAACAUGGAGAUUAAACGCCUGUGAUACCUGACCCCCAGAGUCCGACCUGAGCCAUGAAACUCGCCCCUGUGGCCUUUUACGGGUUUGCUCUAGGGCUCCUGGCAGUCGGCCUAAGGGAGUUGCUGACUGGCUUCGAGGAGAACAGAUGCAGUAUGACUUACAUGUUCGAGUACCCCGAGUACCGGGUGAGUAGCCCGCGGCGCGUGGCCAGGCUGUACCCGGCCUACGGCCUCUACCUGUACGGAGAGGGUCUCUACGCCCAGGAGACCCGGGCCCUCAAACUCACCGGGGCCCCGGUGCUCUUCCUGCCCGGAAACGCAGGCAGCUACAAACAAGGUGAGGGCAUGACAGGAAUGGAGGGCAGCAGGGAUGCAACCAGGAGCAUCAUGGGAGUUCUCCUCACCCAGCAGGUACGGGUCCAGGGCCAGCACUGGAGCCAGGUGGGGCGAGGCCUGUGUAAUGAUCAGGCUGACCAGAUUGGCGUUGAAGCGGGGCAGAGUGAACAGCGCCCGGGCCACCACUCCUCCCAUGGAGUGACCCACGAGCACCACGCUCUGAGGGGGGGUCUUCAGUUCACGGUAGACCCAGAGAAGAAGAUGGCUGUACUACACCAUCACUUCAUCAGGCACCCUGUCAGGAUGCUGGGAGACAGUCCAGACUCCUCCGUCUCCAUGUUGGAUUUUCCUGAAGCAUGGAGCGAAGUUAACACACUGCGUCUGGCGUAUAGCACACCAAAGGAAGGACAGGUCCGAUACUUUCUCUUUGCACUGUCGAGUCGCAGGAAGGCCUACAGCCACUUCUACUGCCGGAGCAACAGCAUGGAGAUGACUAGCUGGGUGUACGGCUGCAUGCACAAGAAUGGGUCUUCAUGUGUGCGUGCAGUGGAUCUGUCCAUGGGAACUGAGCUCCUGCCACCAUACAAGGUCCUGGUUCUGAGUCUCAGUGACUUGUCUUUGGUUACUCAUCUGGUUGUUUCGGCCUCCAACCUCAACGGCAAACAGUUCACGGUGGAGUGCGAGUGGCAGAGACAAGAAUCUCAGACGGUGUCUGUCUCAGCGCCACAUGUCCUGUCCUUCGGUUUGACUGUCAGCGAUGUUUCGGUCAACUCGUCUGGACUCCUCCACACCAUCGAGCUGGAGAACUUCGACCAGGUCUACCAGGCACUCAGAAUUAAUGUGGCGAGCCAGUGCAAAGUACAUCAAGAUAGACUGCCCAACGUGUACAGAAUAAAUGUACCAUGGUUUCGAGAGGACUCUUUAACCACGGCCAGUGUGCCAUCAGUGACUGAGAUCUCAGGGAUGCUCCACACGAGUCGUCCAGACAACGCCUCAGGUGUCCUCCUUCAGCUCCACACUGCCCCCAACUGCCAGUAUAAGGUGUCAAUAAGGACGUCAUUACCCAGGGUGCUGGGACAGAUACUGAGGUUCUGUGGGCCCCUGGUGCCAGUGUACACCGCUGUAACCCUCCUCCUGGCAUGUGGGGGGCAGCUGUCCUCCAUCCUGGACUCGAGGCGAGCGGCAGGCAUGAGCCAGGUGGUGGCCAAAGGCCUGCAGCCUCAUAAAGUCAACCUGCUCGUCUAUAUUCUGCACCUGUUACUCAGAUGUAACUGGUUUCAAGAGAUCUGGUCAGUUCUUUACCUCCCCCCUAUGGACGCCCUCCCCCCGACCACCCCCGAUGCAACAUUUCACGAGGGUGUGGUACCAGUGGAAGAGUGGCCCCACCUCCUGUCCCCUCUGCUGUACAUAUUAGGGGCAGCUGUUGCAUUCUGGGGCAGCGCCCUGCUCCGUCUCGUCAUGCGACUGAUCUCACUGAUAUUAGCUCCCCUACACAGACCGUCUGUGUCCAGAGACUGUGGCACUGUGUCGCUGCGGAGCCAGGUCCUCAUCACGCUCGGUCUGGCUGUUGUGGGGGGGCUGUCCUGUGGGCCGUUGUCCAUCUCUGCUGCCUUUCUGCUCCACCUUUACAGGGUGCUGAGGUUACAGAUGACAGAGCGCUCCUUGAGCCACAUGUUGAAUCUGGUACCUCGGAAGAACAAAGAAGUUGAGAACGGCACAGUGGACGCCGAACCCCCGACCAAGUCUAAAGAAUGUAAUGGCGCCCCCCUGCUGUCUGAGUGUGCUCUGCAGGAGGUGAGGGACGACCUGCAGCUCCACCUCUGCCUAUCGGCGCUUUUCACGCUACCCGUCAUGCUCAUCGCACCCUCGCUCAUCCACUGGAUCCGCAACCUGAGGUACUCCACCCAGCUGGAUCCUGACCCCUGUUGGCCACACACUGUGCCUCUAAUUAUCGUGUACAUGCUGCUCAUUAACUGCAACACCUUAAAACUCAGCACCAGUAAACUCCUGCCUCUGACAUCCUGCCUCCCUCUCCCCUUGUCCAUCGCCAUGGUGACCUUCUCUCCGCUCCACCUCUACAGAGUCACCUACUUCCUGUUGGCGGCGCUCGUCCCUCUGGCCUCGUGCUGCGUGCUCUGACGGUAUCUGUCUGCUCUCAGUCCACGUCUCUACCAUAACAAGCCUUUCCCUGAGUUCCAGCGGGACUCCCUGAAGCUGCCUGAGCUGCUCCAUCUGGCUGCCGUGGAGCAGAGCCAUAGACAUACACAGCUUGGGAACUGUCUGCUCAAUGUUAGCACUAAGAGCUCCAUGGCAAUUACACUAGGGUUUAAGAUUUAGGAUGUAAUGGCCUUGGAACAUUUGGUGCAAAUAUGGCUCCAUUGGACCGACCUGACACCAAGUUUGCCUUACUCUGUAUAUCUAUAGCUCUGCCUUCAAGGAGAAACCACUCCACAACCAGUGAAGCUACUGAUACUAGAGAUUCUCAACAGGGUGUUACUCUUACAAUGUGUGUGUUGUUUUUGUUGUUUCUAGUGUCUCCGGUGGCAUUGUUCACUGCAGUCACUACUCUGUAAACUCCUUUACUGCCUGCUGCUUAGCGAUGACUUCUUAUUGUGUGUUGUAGUUACUGGUUGUCCGUCGUCGUAGCACUGCCGCAAAACCGCCGUCACACAUAUGUUAAAGACGGAAAAAAUCCAAAGUAAUGUUACUUUCUCUCAUAAUCACCUUUUUGAUUCAGAAUGAAGACUAAAUGAAGGUUUACUCUGGAAAAGGCCGUAGGGCGUGAACAGGUUCUAACUCCUCUCCUAUUCUUUUUAAGAAGAGACUUGUGAUCUACUCCAUGUUCUCCAAAAUUCAGCGGUGUAGCCUAACAAUGUUUUGAAGGUGCUGCAUUCAUUUUAAGGUAGCACAUGAAUCUGUAUAUUCAGUUUUGGUUGUUUUUUUGGUUUCGUGCCGAGCGCUUGGCCUUCGGGUCACUCCCUCUAUCAUUCACUCACUCCCUGUGGGCAACAGUGACUGUUGCAUUUGCAGCAGGCCAGGGGCUAAACUAAGAUAAGAACCUAAUAGUUAUUAUGCCAGAAAUAACAGUGAUUUACUUUGCUACUUGAAACAAAUCCACCAAGAACUCAAAGGGAAAAAGUAACUAGGAACAUCAGAAGGAUCUUAGAUGCAAACAUGGUGCAUGUGCAAAAGAUUUGUCUCCACUUAAACUAAUCAAAAGUAGUCCAAAUCAGCACACACUGUUCAUGUUACACACACACA